AAAGUUUUUUACUUUUUACUCUAGUCAGUGGCCUUAUCGAGCUAUAGAAGUUGGACUGUUUGAAGUUGCAUUAGAAUUAAAGCUAAGCCAAGUGCAUUCGGAUUACGGCGUUGAUGAGACUCCCUCGCCCAAUGGGAUCCGAUCCGAACAGUCCGAAACCACAACAGCUAUCCCCAGUUCCCCAGUUCAAAUCGUUCCAAUUUCCCUGUGUGAGACAAGUCACGUAGGCCUUGAAAUGGCGAAAUUGCUGCUCGCCGUCCGCUGGCUGGCCUCAUGUUCCCACAUUCGCCAGCGUUCAUUCAGACGCUGCUGAUUUUUCGCAUGGAUAGGCGAAACACGAGGCCAGACCGUCCAGCCCCCACAGCAGCCAAAAAAAAAACCAAAUAAACUUAGUAUAAUAAAAAAAAGGGGCACCCCGCGCCCACCCGAAUCCAAGCGCAAAUAAAAAGAGGAGACACCUGAGCAGCCCUCUUGGCAACCAACAUUAAAUGAAGCGCGCUCGGCGACCGGCUCCCGCUCCCGAUCCCGCUCCGAUCGUUAUGCCGGCGUAAGCAUAAACGAUAAUGGUGACGUAGCCAUCGGCACCAUCCGACUUGUGUCGCACGCGCAUUUCCGGGCAGUGCGCCGUCUUAUCAGGCCCUCCGCCAAUGUUCACAAUCGUCAUACCGCUGCCACGCCCUCUCCUUCCCCUGCCACCCACCUGUAAUACACCCGGGCCCGCCGCCUCCCGCCGCCACAAACAUACAACCUGCUAUCAAACCAUUUGGUUGGCUGUGAGCGUAAAUUGCCGGCUGAUUAACAAAAAAAAAGUGUAUGAAGUUGAGCUUUGGCACAAAGUUGCUUUUGUUUACCUUUGGGGUUUUGCCGUCAUUGACGCUAUAUUUAAUUUCCAUUUGGAGUAUGCCCCCGAAACUAAGAUUGCAUUUUAUUGGAGGAUUUUCCAGCUAGGGUUUUUAAUUAGAUCACCUCUUCGAUGCCAGUUGGGUAUGGAACCUGGGUAUGGCCAAUAUUGAAACAGAAACAUUUCAAAACCGAUCAUUAAGAAUUAAUUUUAAGUUGUGAACAAUUUUAUAAACUUUUCGUAUAUUUAUGCAAGUUUCGUUUUUUCCAAUAUUCGAUUCUCAUCGAUUUCGAUUCUUGUUUAUUUGAUUUGGUUUUAUUGCUUAUUUUUUUUAUUUUAGUUGAUAUAUGCACAUGACAUUUGAUUUUUGGAGCUUGCAGCUAUAACUACUAGAUUGAGGUCUACGUGACGUAUGGAGAAUAAACCCCCUGGAGCUCUGGGUGAUUCACAGUGAUCGAUAUUAAUAUGGGCAUACCCUGCAGUCCAAUCAAGUGCACCUUCCCAAUGCCAUUGCCAUAGGCAGCGCCAUGGCCAAUUGUGCAGGAAAAUAUAUAGAUUAGAUUGAUUUUUUAUUAAACACCCUCUUGUUGGUAAUUCAGUUUUACUUGUAUGGGUAAUUAUAAUUAAAAAUUUAUAGCCAUCUUAUUUGGGAUGGGAAUGAAAAAACACAAUUGAGGAACAUUUUCAAAUGCUGUCAAUUGAAUACUUGUGAGGUGUUGUCUUUUCAACUUUGAAAACAGGAAGAUAAAAAAUAAACUUAAAAUUAACUUAAUACUAUCAGGAAAUCCAUUUAAUAUUCCCUGUAAGUGUUAAAAAUUUUAAGAAAAUCCUGCAAAAGGAAAAUUGGAAAAGAAAAAGCAUACAACGCAAUGCGGCGCUGGGUGUGAAGUGAAAAUAAACGGAAUGCAUUCCAGAGUUAAAUUCAAUUAAACAGAUUUCAAUCAUUCGGACAUGACGGAAAUGUCAGAAUCUUCGCGAUACCCGUUCUCAGAUCUCCCAUACCCAACCACCCUCUGCCUGAGUCUGGCUUAGUUGCUUUUCUAGUUCACGGCCUGCAUUGCGUGAAUAUGAUGAAUACGCUUAAUUGGAUUAGCUGCGAUGUUCGCCGGGCGGUGACCAUUCCCCACCCCGUCCCAGGCGCUUUCCGCAAUGGGCGCACUGCCGGGAAAUGGAAACGGAGACGGGCUAAAGAGCCAAAGUCACAACUUGAUUGCAUAACAAGCCGGUUCGGCCAGUCGCUUGGAAAAGCGUGUGAAAUGGAGUUGUAACCGGCAUGAUAUUCUAUUUACUAAAUAAUUGGACGCAAAUGUCGCCGGCGAUGGGAGAGCAUGUCCAUCAAAGUGCCAGGCUAUGGUCUUGUCCUGCUGGCUGUUUCUCAGGCCACAUACUUUGACGAGGAAUUUCUGGAUUGGAGCUAUUUCAAGCUGUUUAACGAGAAGAAAUACCAGGACGAGACGGUGGAUGCUGUACGUUUCGAGAUUUUUAAGGAAAAUAGGCAAUACAUUGCCCAGCACAAUCGCAAAUGGGAGAACGGUGAAGUGAGCUUUAGAAUCGAUAUAAACGAAUAUGCCGACCUACUGAAUCACGAGUUUAACGAAAUGAGGAACGGAAACGAUCAGAACGGUCGAAGCAUCAAAGGCUCUACGUUCAUUCCGCCAAUGGGCUUUACUCUGCCAGAAAAUAUUGACUGGCGCAGUCUAGGAGCCGUGACUCCAGUAAAGAACCAAAAAUACUGUGACAGUUGUUGGGCCUUUGCCGCAGCAGGAGCACUUGAGGGCCAGCAUUUCCGCCAUACUGGAAAUUUAGUAUCACUCUCCGAGCAGAAUCUGUUGGACUGCUCAGUGUCCAACAAUGGUUGCAAAAGCGGACUGGCUUCUCGCGCCUUUUUGGACAUUAAAAAGGAAGGAGGCAUCGCCACUGAGAGUUCGUAUUCUUACGAGGCUACACAAAAGCUAUGCCGCUUAAACAAUGCCACUUUUGGGGCAAGCGACACCGGGUUUGUACAAUUGGAAUUCGGAAACGAGACCCAACUGGCCAUAGCGGUGGCCACCGUCGGACCCAUCGCCGUGUCCCUAGAUUCCUCCAGUAUAUUAUUUCACUUGUACCAUUCCGGCAUUUACGACAACCCUCUCUGCAGUGAUACCAAUUUAAUACACGCUGCUUUAGUGGUUGGUUAUGGAACAGAAAAGGGCAUUGAUUACUGGCUGGUCAAGAAUUCCUGGGGGGAGCAUUGGGGCGAAAACGGGUACAUCAAGAUGCGUCGGAAUGCUGGAAACCAGUGCGGCAUUGCCACAAAGGCUGUGUACCCCUUACUCUAAUCCGAGUAAUUUAGGUAAAUGUUCUGUAUAUCAUAUUAUAAUGAUUCAUUAAAAAGUAUGUAUAAC